UAGCAGCCGCAGCUGUGGAGGAUAAGGGGAAGAUGGAGGCAGAGCUGUGAUCAGGCAAGCAGAAAGAAAAGCCCACAUCAGUCAAAGAAAAGCCAUCUGAUAGCAAGAGGUCAACUUGUGUUCCCUUGAAAUCAAUUUAUUCCCAGACCCGAUCCCUCUCCCUCCUCCCGCUGUGGGAGAAUAAGAGCUUGUGAAGGAUGAGGAGCCUUAUCACCGCUGCGCUGUGAGGAAGGCAGUGCUGGCUGCCGUCUCAGAGGUUGGACCCAAGCUUUAUCAGCAGGUGCAUCAACUCUGGAUGGCACUAUGACGCUGGAAACAUUUGAGCAUUCAUAAGGACGCAGAAACUUGACGAUUUCACCGGAUAAUCCACGGGUGGGAUGAAGAACUAAAGUCUGGAAGAGAGUUUGCGGCAGCAUGUCUAAACCAAUGGAUCACGUCAAACGCCCGAUGAACGCUUUCAUGGUCUGGUCCAGAGCCCAGCGCAGGAAAAUGGCUCAGGAGAACCCGAAGAUGCACAACUCCGAGAUCAGUAAGCGGCUGGGAGCGGAGUGGAAACUUCUCACGGAGUCCGAGAAGAGGCCGUUCAUCGACGAAGCCAAGCGGCUCAGGGCGAUGCACAUGAAGGAGCAUCCAGACUACAAGUACAGGCCGAGGCGGAAGCCCAAGACUUUGAUGAAAAAAGAUAAGUUUUCCUUCCCGGUGCCCUAUAAUCUUGGGGAGCACGACGCGCUCAAAGUUAGCGGACUUUCCGCAGGAGCGCUCUCCGACUCCGUCAUCGGGAACCCGGACAAGGCUGCGGCGGCAGCGGCGGCCGCGGCUGCGAGAGUCUUCUUCAACCCGUCCAUGUCAGCGAACCCGUACUCGUUUUUUGACCUGGGAUCCAAGAUGACCGAGCUUUCCCCGCCUUCCUUUCCUUACGCCUCUCCUUUGGGUUACCCGCCGGGAGGGGCGGCGGCGUUUACCGGGACUGGCGGCGUGGGCGGUGGGACGCACACCCACACCCACUCGCACCCGUCGCCGGGUAACCCGGGGUACAUGAUCCCGUGUAACUGUACGGCCUGGCCCUCGGCGGGACUCCAGCCGCCCUUAGCCUACAUCUUGCUGCCUGGGAUGGGGAAACCUCAGCUUGAACCUUACCCUGCAUAUGCUGCGGCGUUAUGAUAGGCCCGCCACAGAGAUGACUGUGACUGAUCUGUUCAUGCAAGAUUUUUUAUUAUGCAUGCAAAAACUUGUACAUGUGAUGAAGUGCUCGUCCUCUCCAAUAUCACAUGUGUAUGUACAUUGAUUAAUGCCUUUAUCUAAGGUAAUGCUUAUUUAGAGAACUCUCUAAUCUAUUAUUGCUCAGCAAGGAAGACGACUGAACAAGGAGCAGAGAUUUGAGCUGCUGAGCAUCUUUUCUCACCUGCAGGACUGACCUGUUGGAAUCAUGGCCAAUGACCCCCCCGACCCUCAUCCUUUCUCCUGCUUCUCUCAUCAGGACCACAACUGUUUACUUUCAGAUGGGGGGGCUUAUUAUUCAAGGAUCAAUGAGGAGGACUGCCACAACACUGUAAAUGUAAAUGUGUACAGAUCCAAAAUGACCUUUAGUUUAUUUGCCGUUAUAGGCUUUAGUGUUUGAGAUAUUUCACUAGAAACACGGUGUAUAUAUUUUGUUUUUGCUUUUUUUUUUUUUUUUUUAAAAAACGUUUUAUAGAUGUCUGUAAUAUUUAUUGUUUUAGUGGAAUUUAUGGUGAGCCAGACAAUUUUAAAAAAGGACAAGACAUUUGCACAUGAGUCUUACAAGAUGUAAUUUAUUUUGAAGCUCUCGUUUUCUUUAAAUAGUAAAAAUACAAACGGAAAAAAAAAAGUUUGGAAGCAGUUGGAAGUUUAUUAUUAUUUUCACCAUUCCCACUUCUUGUGUCAUGUGCAGCAAGGGAAAAAAGACCCUUUUUAACUAACUCAUAUGGAAUUUGUAUGUUUUGUGUUUUCCUUUAACAUCCCGUUAUGUACGUCAAACUAUUGUUGAGCAAAAGGACUACAAUAAAACCUAUUCGGAUUAAAUGGAAGGGAAUCGC